AAUGAGCAGCCUUUGUCUUCUCCUGACACACCCCUCUCCCACAGCACCCCAUCUAGAGCCUUGCAUCUCCACCAAGUGAAAUCUUGUCUGCUGCAAGCAAGAAGAAUACAUCUCUUACGCCUCUCUCAAUGACCUUGGUCACUUAUAUUUAUAUUACACUCCCUUGAUGUUUUACAGGAUGUCUCUAUGGAUACAGGAAUAAACACAAGAUAAUAGCCCUACAGUCUUUAAAGCAGCAUUUCAUUCUACAGGCCAGGCGGGGAGAGGAGGCGUCUAUAGCAGAACAGAGAGAAUCAGGAGAACAACAAUGGCCGAAAGCACAGGCAUUGCUUCUCUAGAAGAAAGUUUUAAGAAGUUUGCAAUCUAUGGCGAUACAAAAGCUACAGGUCAAGAAAUGACGGGGAAAAAUUGGGCCAAACUUUGUAAAGAGUGCAAAGUUAUAGAUGGAAAAACUGUGACUGGCACCGAUGUUGACAUUGUGUUCUCUAAAGUAAAACAAAAGACCGCCAGAGUCAUUACCUAUGACGAAUUUCAGAAGGCACUCGAGGAGCUCUCAUCAAAAAAAUUUAAAGGAAAAAGUAAAGAGGAAGCCUACGAGUCUAUGUGUACACUUGUGGCCGGGAAGGAACCUGCUAGCACAGGAGUCACGAAAGCUACAUCAGCUGGAGCUGUGGAUCGUCUUACAGACACAUCCAAGUACACAGGAUCCCACAAGGAACGAUUCGAUGAGAGUGGGAAGGGAAAGGGCAAAGAUGGCCGGGAGACCAUUGUGGAAAACACUGGCUAUGUAGGUGCAUACAAACACGCUGGCAGUUAUGAUUCCAAAGUAAAUAAAUAAAGAUUCCGCAAGAGGUGACAUUCUAUGUUAGCUCCUGCAUAGACAUAACUGACCCCUUUGUUCUCAUUUAUGAAGAGCAGUCCAUACUGGUAGUGAUGGUGAUUUUAUUCUAUUCUGUUCGCUUCUAGUACCAAAGGAGUUAGUGACAAGUGAAUGAUUUGUGCAGUACAAAUAUCUUUACCUUAAUGUUGCUGAACCAAAAAAAACAAGA